CUUUUCCUUGUCCUUAACCAUUGUUAUUGUUGUUUUCCUGUUCUUAAUCUCCUCUAUAAAGAAAAAAGACGAGAAUGGAAUAAACAUCUUUUACAGAUGUUUUCAGGGUAAUGCUUUGGAAUCCCUGUAACGAUAAUCUAACUGAGAAAAUUUUCGUCCGUUUAUUUACCAUUUCUGAAAAACAUAUAAUCUGUUCAUCUCAAUCACAGACGAAAGCCUGUAUCAAUUUCAACCCAUUUUAGGAUCACCACCGGUCGUGUUUUGGCAAAUUUAGCUUCCAUGGCUGAUAAGUUUGUGGAAUUGGUGUGGGAAAAUGGUCAGAUUCUGAUGCGUGGACGGUCCAAUAGUCCAUCAUGCAUAACUUACUCUUCUCUUCACUCUACCGAACCUCAUGCUAAGACUCGUGCUGCAGAAACCUACACUUCAAAGGGACCAAGUUUGGGAACUGAGAAUUCUGUGCUGGAUUUGGAUGAUUCUCCUUUGACGGAUCUUCCAGAUCGUAAGGAACUCUCCAAGCAUAAGCGUUCUGUACAAGAUCAUCACCAUUCUGAUCACCUGUUUCCCGGUUUCUACAAAAACAAUUUCAAUUUUUGUCUGGAAACACCCCGAAAUAAAACUUAUGAUGAGUAUCUCGCAGAGUCUCAAAUAGUACCCGAAUGCAAAGACGAAAGUUUGAAGCUGGAAAAUAAUGCAUCUCCAGUGGAAAUUCCACAGCUUACAACAGCUAAGAAUGGACAGUUACAUGAGUCUUCUUUGCAGCAAUGCCACGCCUCAGUUUCAAUUAGUAGAUCAAUUGCGAUUGGAAGCCUAAAUAUGUCUUCAAUGGGUAGAUUGCCCAACUCGAAUUUGCAGCAGCUUAAUUCAAGACCUGAUAAAGAUUUUGGGUUAAGGAACUUCUCCCUAUUCUUAAGACCUGGAGUGCUCUCCAAAGCCGAUGACCAGCACCAAGGUGCAACAGAAUCUGCAGUUGGUCCAAGUUCAUUAAGAGUUCAGGAUUUAAAAAGCAACAAGGAUAAAACUCCUGCAGGUGACAAAGCACUAGCACUGGAGCCAGGAAUUGGUUCAACAAGUGCUAAAGAUAUCCACAAACAUCAAGAUCUAGUCACAAUUAAAACAGACCAGACACAGCAGAUUGGUAAUCCUUCGGACGAGUCACCCCCAGAUGAGCUAUCCGAAGCCCCUGUCCAAAAAAAUGCCAUUAAAAGCAAGCGUUUCGAAGACCAAUUAUUUCCUAGUUCAACCUCAAGCUUACCAGCAAAUACGGUAAAGGGAAAUCCUGAUAGAGAAAAAUCUAAAGAUCAAUUGGCUGCGGCUACUUCAAUAUGCUCUCGGGGGGCCUCAAAUGAUAUAAGUUAUUCUUCUUUGAGGAGGAAAAAUAAAGACGAGGAAAUGAUGGCGUCUCCAAGCGAAAUUGCUGAGGGAGAUCAACAAGUGCCAAAACCAGCGGCUGCUCGUGCAGGUGCCAAAAGAAGACGUUCAGAAGUUCAUAAACAGUCUGAAAGGAAAAGAAGAGAUAAGAUCACCAAGAAGAUGCGUGCAUUGCAAGCUCUCAUACCUAAUUCCAGCAAGGUGGAUAUAGCUUCAAUGCUUGACCAGGCAAUUGAGUAUCUGAAGACCCUUGAGCUUCAACUACAGGUAAUGUCACAGGGAACCGGGUUUUGUAUGCCUCCAAUGAUUGUACCAACUGGAAUGCAACACAUACAGAUGCAGGCAACAAAUUUUGCUCAUUUCUCCACCAUGGGGUUAGGAAUGGCUAUGAGAAUGCCUAUGGGUGUUGGUUGCAGCCCAGCGAUAUUCUCAAACUCAGCUAUGCUUGGGUUUCCUGCACGUCAGGUACUACCUAUGCCAUUGUCACUGGUACCGUUCAUUCCUUUUGCUGGAUGGCCUUCCACUUAUGCAGUUCCUGUAUCUGCUACUUCUGGAGCGGCCACGCCCGUGGAACUUAUGCGCUCUGGUUCUGCUCCUUCAUUAAGUUCUAAGGAUGCAGUCAUUCAGAACAUUAACUCUGAAACGAGCAACACGCGGUAGGCUCAAAGAUCCAAAGCAUCAAUUCAGGCGACAUGAGAGAGUCCCCAUCAUCAAACUUUCUUCAAUCUGAUUCCAUUGAUAAUGAUAGCCAAUACUGGGCUACCUGCACCCCACUUUCCUGGGAUGCAGUUGAUUGUGCUUAAUAAGAUCGACUAGAGUCAUCUCCAGAAUUACGCGUUUUCUUGUUUAUAGCCUGAAUUGAAUCAUCACAAGAUAACCCUGGAGCUGCUCAACAAUAUUCUCUUCUGCGACAUUCAACCAUCGAACUUAAGGCAGUCGAAUCAGAUCAAGACUUCUGAAAACCACCAACCAGGCACCAGCUGAGGGCUGGAUUUUGCCCAAGUGGUUAUAAUCUCUCCAAGGUUGUUGCUCGAUCAUUUGCACAUUAUCAUGGGAAUCAACCGAGUGAAGGAAACAUUAGGGUUUAUGAAUAAAAUAGGGUGUGUGAAGACUUCUUUUCAAUUUGGAAUUUUGGUGUAUCUAUAAUGUAAACUCGAUUUCGAUAAUGAAUUUUAUAAUUAUUAAAUUAAAUUUUUAUAUAAA